AUACAGAGAGCAAUAUACAUAUAACAGUAUGAAACCAUUAAUGUUACAUGGGCAUGAACGUGCUAUUACAAAAAUUAAAUAUAACAGAGAAGGAGAUUUACUUUUUUCAGCGAGUAAAGAUAAACAGCCUAAUGUUUGGUAUUCAUUAAAUGGAGAAAGACUAGGUACAUUUAAUGGACACAAUGGUUCAGUUUGGUGCAUCGAUGUUAAUUGGGAUACAACACGCUUCUUAUCUGGUAGUGGUGACAAUACUUUAAGAAUAUGGGAUUGUCAAACAGGGAAAGCAAUUAGUCAAUUGUCAACAAAUAGCUCCGUUAGAGCUUGUAGUUUUAGUUAUUCUGGAGAUCUUGCAGUUUAUGCUACUGAUAAAGCUCUUGGUCACCAAUGUGAAAUGUUUGUAAUUGACAUCAGAAGUCCUGAAAUUAUACUUUCUCAAGAGGAUAACAUUUGCAGAACAUUAAUAUCUGGCUCUAGGAUUUCAUCCCUUCUUUGGGGAGCUUUGGAUGAAACAGUAAUAACUGGACAUGAAAAUGGAGACAUAAAUAUCUGGGAUAGUAGAACAGGAAAAAAAUUAAAUGAUGCUCAAGGACACAAGGGUCAAAUUAAUGACAUGCAAUUUAAUAAGGAUGGUACUAUGUUUGUUACAGCGUCAAAAGACCAUACAGCAAAAUUAUUUGAUAGUGAUUCUCUAAUGUCAUUGAAAACUUACAAAACUGAACGUCCAGUAAACUCUGCUACAAUUUCACCAAAUUAUGAUCAUGUCGUUGUUGGAGGUGGUCAAGAUGCUAUGGAUGUAACUACAACAUCCACAAAGCAAGGAAAAUUUGAUGCUCGUUUCUUCCAUCUAGUUUUUGAAGAGGAAUUUGCCCGAUUGAAAGGUCAUUUCGGCCCAAUCAAUUCAUUGGCAUUUCAUCCAAAUGGUCGCACUCUUUGUACUGGAGGAGAGGAUGGAUAUAUUCGUAUCAAUGCAUUUGAUCAAUCUUAUUUUGAUUUUCACUUUGAAUACUAGAACUUUAUGAAAAUAAAAUUUAUAAUGCAAAAUCAAUGAUAUUCAUUUUCUACGUUAUUCCAAUUUGUCUAUUAGCAGAAUGCUAUUUGAAUUUGUAUUCAAUUUUAAAAAUAAAAUUUUUAAAUUUAUAAAUA